AUGAUGACCAUGAUGCGAACGCCAUCAGGAUUGAUGGUGAACCAUCAGCGUAAUGUGCUGGCUCUAUCGGAUAGACAGGUGAAAAGGGAAGAAGAACGAGUUGCAACGAGCAGUCCUGCGUUCAGGACGAGUGCCGUUGAAUCUCUUCGAACCACUCGAGAUAGUUCAAAUAUUCCGGGACUGUCAGCGGCUGAUGUGCUCUGUGGGCGGGACAAAAUCUCACAUGCACACAUUGGAAACAAACGUUUCCGACAAAUCAUCGAGAAGAAUCGGGAGGAAUAUCAAACCGCGGCUUCGCGAGAUGCCAAGACAAAUAUUACUUGCCGGAUUGUGGCAAUGAUUCGGGAGUCUGGGGGGCGCUUCCUGAAACAGAACGAAACCACAAAUCAAUGGGAAGAUGUUGGGGAUGGCUACGCUAGAGAAAAAGUGAGCCACGCCUUGCGAAGUGCCAAGGAUCCCAAUCGCCCUCGUCCCAAGAAGCCCCGAAAGGUAACCAAGCACGUUCCAACCCCAGAUGAAGAUGCUCAAUUUGCAACUGUCCUCGGUGAUCAGCGCAAGAUCUUUGAGCAACUACUGCGCAAACAAAACCAAGGAACCGAAAGCCAAGAAGUUGCUAACUUUCCUGCUAACUUCUUUGAACUCUAA